GUUUAAUUUCAGAGUCUCUCAGUGUUUAAGCAUUCAAGUAAAUGUGUUUUAUGUGUCUGUGUCUUAUUGUUAGUGAAUUUCAAGAGAAGGAAAGAGUAAAAGCAAAAUAAGAGACUUACCAUAAACAGGGUAAUAAUUUAGUGUUUCAUACUUGACACUUGGACAAAUGUAAUUUAUACAUGCCGUACGAAGUUUUGUGCGAAAAUUUAUUGUGAUGGAUAUCUAAAAGACACAGUGAAAAUAAAGCCAAAAAUAAUAUUAAAUCCUUCCUUUUGCUCUGCAUAGAAAUGAAUGUCAACGCGUUCGCAUUUUAAGUGCCCAGUGCGGAGGACAACGGUGUCCUCCAUAAAGGAAUCAACGGAAGUGGAACGUGACUUUUAGCGAAAGUAAAUUGAAGCCACCGCAGCGAUAAAACUGCGAUGCCAACCUGAGCAAGAUUCGUUAGUGCAAUCAUAGAGAUAAAAGUAUAUAUAUAUAUAUAUUUAUCUGUGUGUAAGGUCACUGUGCCUGCUCAUGGCUGUCACAUCGAGUGCAUCAGAGAUGAACUACGCCAAGAGACGUUGCCAUCGACAUGAUGGUGGUCCAUGGAUCCAUUUCCAUUCCCAUUCCCAUGGCCAUUUGUCCAACCUUUGGAUGCUGUUGUCGCUAUUGCUGCUGGCAUUGCUGCUGGUAGCGACAACCACAACAGCUGCUCCAACAUCAAAAGAUCGUCGACGUUGUGCACACAAAGGCAUUGCAGAGCUGAUACGGACAAGUCCUGUGAUUGUCAAGGCACUUGGGGCUCGCAUAUUCACCGAUGACGAGUUGGAGGCUGCCGCUGCGUCAGCUUCAGUUUCGCCGUUGGCCACAAUUUUAAUAACAUUAACACCGGAAACGAUAUACAAGGGUGCCUCGCUGUUGAAAAUGGCCAAUGGAGGUGAAAAUGGUGGUCCUGGCGAAGGACCAUCAACACUUGGCGGUGGCAUGGGCGGUGGUGGUGUGCCCUUUGCCAGUGGGUCAGAGCAUAGUAGUGGCAAUGGCAAUGCCAGGAGAGAGGGCAGCACAACCUAUCAGUAUGAAGGCCAACUGAAUGCCACGUUACAACCGCUGGGAUGUUUCGAUGCUAAUAUGCUGAAAAUGCUGCCCACGGAAUUAAUUGCUUUUGGCAAAUUGUUGCCUGCCUCGCCCUCUGCUGCUGCCCUCUUUACUGCGGGGCAAUUGCAACGACCGUUGCCACUUCCCAUGGCCGCAACAGACAAGGAUGUGCUUCACAUCAGCAUCAAUGGCCUGCAUCGCUGGACCCCGCAAUUCGAGAAUCAUAUCUGGAAGCAUUUGGGUUGGGAUGACUGGAGUGACUUUACAUUAUGCAGCGUCACCUGCGGUAAGGGUGUGCAACAGAGAUUCCGCCGUUGCCUACUGGACAAUCCACUUGUGGACAUCAACAUGAAUAUCAAUCUAGCUAACGAUGAGGUCGAUGAGGAGGAGGAAGAGGAGGAAUGGAAGCUGGAGAUGACUAAAGCUGACGAGGCAAAUAAUGAUGGCCUGGCCGUCGCCGUCGCAGUCAAUGCUGUUAAUAAUGAAGUGCCAUCCCACGAUGAUGAGAAAAAUGAGCAGCAGCGGCAGCCGGAGACUAUGACAACUGCAGCGACAGUUGUUGGAAAAGCAACAAGCAACGUUAAUGAACAGGCAACAGCCGAAAGUGUCAGCUUUGUAACGAGUGCACGUAAUGAUGAUGGCAUUGCCAGCUCUGAAGCCGUAGGGCCAGCAGACUCAUCAGAUGGUUAUUCCAGGAGAACGCAACGUGCAUAUAAUCAUCAGAAGAAAAAGCGCAAAUCAGCCAAAAGUGUGGCAUUGUCCACGCUCCUUUGUGAGGGCUAUAACAUCGAGCAGCGGAACUGCAACAGCUUCGAAUGCAGCGAUGAUAUUAGUGAUCUGUUGAAAUUCUAUAAGAAAUUGCCACAGAUUGAGGAACUAACCAGUGAGCCAUCAUCAUUUUUGGCCGGAGAGAUGCAAGAUGUGAUCACCACCACAACGACAUCCACAGCACAACAGUCCAGCAGUAAUGGAGCUCUGCCACUGUCAUCGACCCCCUCGAAUAUGGGUUAUAUGCGCAGCUGGAGAAAUACUCUUAAUUUCACUUUAAUGAUCACUUUAAGAUCAAAGAAUGACACAAAAAAUACGGCCAUCAUAUUUUCAAUACGCAAUGCCACACACAAUCUAUAUCUGGAGGCAUGUAAGGAUGGUCUACGUUUGUAUCUGGAACGCGACAAUACAACGGAAAUGUUGCCGGUGAAAUUCAAUUUAUAUGAUUAUCGCUGGCAUCAAGUGGCCAUCAGCAUACAAAAUGGCGAUUUCAUAUCGAUUUAUGUCGAUUGCUUGUGGACAAACAGUUUCGUUGUCUCCAAGCGACUGUAUACGCUGCCCAUGGAUGCUGAUGUUGAAAUUGGACGUGGCUUUAAUGGGGAACUGCAACAAUUGUUGGUCCUGCCUGAGCAUCAGGAACGGCUGCAAUGCAGCAAUAAACGAACAUCAAUCAAUGAAGUAAAACGCUACAUCAUAGACACAUUCAUCGAGGACUAUGGUGGCAAUUGAGGGGAGGAGGACUAAGCCAAAAUAAUAUAUAAACCAAAAACAAAAAUCAAAUGAAAUGCAAAUGAAAAUGGUAAUCGAAAUGAUUGCAUUCCAUAUUUGAAUGAACAAAUGCAAAUCUGAAAUGCAAAUUUUUCGAUCAAAUUAUGCAUUUAGUUUUAACAUAAGCCAAUGUAGAAUCUAUCUUCAUACAAACACAUAUACAAAUAUACAUAUACGUAUAUAUAUAUAUAUAUGUAUAUAAUGAUGUGAUUCAUGUCUCCUAGCAACGCAUUUGGUGUAUUGUAAAUUCCUAUAAAAGGCAUAAAAAUUAAUACGUAUUGUAUUGUAAAA